AUGCGUAAAGUUUCCACUCGUGUAAUAAAUUUCAUUCACAUGUAUAAAAUGCGGAAACUCUGUCCAUUGAUGGGGCCGAAAGCGUCCGCGUUUUGUAUGAUCAUGUCAGUAUGGGGUAUCAUAUUCCUUGGAUUGUUAGGAGUUUUCUUCUAUAUACAAGCUGUCACCCUGUUCCCAGAUCUUCACUUGGAAGAAGAAGGGAAAGAAGCCCCAACCGUUGAAGAUAUCGAAACGAGAUACAGUGAAAAAGCGAUGCAAUGUUGGAUAGCUGCAGGCAUGUACGGCGUGACGUUGAUUCUCGUAUUCUGGCAGAAUAAAUAUAACAACGCCACCGUUUUCUAA